AUGGCUGCUCAGCAAUCGGCCACGCGCUUUGUCGAAUUCCCGACGUACGAGAGGCGCCAUCCCACUUUAAGUGGGAGGCUUCUUGUGGACCAGUUCGAGGUGGACUACAUCGUCGCUCGCAACACGCAGCUUCAUUUCUGCGACGACGCCGGGGCCGAAUUGUUGAGGCCCCACGAGAACAACAACCGGUUUCAAAAUGCGGUCAGCCGCAAGUACUUGAAGUCCAUUACUACCGAGGGCUUAAUCCCUGAUGUUCGCAGCGCCCCAGUCGCCAUCGUCGACGAGGCUCGCAGGGCUUCGGUCACUGGGAAUCACACGCCCUACCUCAUGGUGGGCUACAACACGCUGAGCCAGAGCGUGUACGCAGCCCAGAGGAAGGAGCCCGGCAACCCGUUCGUGGUCGCCUCCGUGCGCGGCGGCAUCCGCGGCGCCAUCAUUUUGGACAGCAGGACCCCGAAGGACGCCUUGAAGUUUUACAGGGACCUUCACAACCGUUUCCACGGCGGAGUCGGCAUCUCGGUCUUGGAGCUCAUGGACACGCUGGACGAUACUGGGGAGAACACGUUUGACAAGCAGCACUGGAGGUUCAUCAAAAAGGAGUUCCCCGGCAAGUGGGAUUUUUGGGACACGUACGAGAGGAUGCGCGCUUUCAAGUGGGGGAUCAAACGGAUCGGGUGCCUCGAGCACUUCACAGAGAUGCUGGGCAACAGUUGCGAUUUUACCUUGAUGGUGAACAUGAAAUUGUCCGACCUGAUAUGGUUGUUCCACACGGUGUACAGCACCAUCACUCUGAACUUCGAGAACAGCUUGACCGCAGAGUAUGUCAGUCUCGCUAUGAUGUGCGCGCUGGAGUUCACAGUUCCCCUGGAUAAAGCUGACGACGUCGGCUAUGUCGCACCUCUGGAGCUGAACUGCUCUUCGGAGACCCAGGCCAAGCUCGGCAGCAAGAUCAACAACCUGUUGGCGCCAAUGAAACUGAGCCUCUUGUACAAGAAGUCGGCGAAGCGCAAGGCCGAGGAUGCUGAGGGGGACGAUGCUGGCGACGCUGAUGGCCACGACGCCCCUGCGCCCAAGAAAGCCAAGGCCAAGGGCGCCGCUGGCAAGAGCAAGGCCAAACCAAAAGCAAAGGCUGCGUCGAAAGCUGCGUCGCAGAAACAGGAGAUGGAAAAGAAGAUCCAGGCAGCCCUCGCUACGACGAACCCCGUGGCGACGCUGAAGGCGGCGAAGAGGGCGGCGGAUGCGGAGACGGCUGCCCAGUCUGCUGCGUCGGAGUCCGCCACCGGCGCAGCGGUGGUGGCCGCGACGGCCAAGCCCAAGGCUUGGGGGCGGCCUGGUGGCAAGAAGAAGCUCGAGGACUGCCCCGAUGAGGUCUUCCCGGCGGACAGGGCUGACGGGACCCCGACCUUGUUCUUGGACGACGUCUUCAUUGCGAUGGAGUUUGCUUCGCGCGGCAUGGUCGCGCUCAUCAAAGACGAGGACAAGAAGGCGAUGGUCUCUCUCGCACUCCAGUUUGCAUUCAGCGGGUCGCUGGACAUCUCUGGCGGGUCGUACGCAGCAUGGAGCAAGCUUCGACCACAACUUCAGGCGGCUCUGAGGAAGUCUCGCCCUGAGGGCAGCUCGCCUGCCAUCGCCAGCAUGUUCGCCACCGUGCUUGGGCAGCAUGGCUCUCCAAGUCCAAGCGGAGCGAGCUCUUCAGCUCCAGGGGCAGAGGCGAGCGAGGGGGCGCGCAUGGCGAAGCUGCAGUCGUUCGACGACCAGGUGUCAGCGCAGCCCCAGGUCAAGGAUGGCAUCAAGAAGUUCCUUGAGCAACAGCAGUCGAACGUCCCGGCGAAGUUCCACAGAAUCGUUGCCAUCGCGUCCGACGACAUCUUCCAGGCCCACUUGGCGGAGCAGCUCGGCAAGAAGUUGAGCAAUGCGCAGAACGUCGAUCAGUUUGCCAAGGUGAUCCUCACUUCCAUCAUCGAGAAGCUGGACGAGGACAUCCCGCGCAAGUGGAUCGAUAUUGUCAUGCAAGGUGCGACGCUCUGGAAGAGCAUGAAGCAGUUCCCUGGCGCCAUGAAGGAUAUCUUUGGGGAGGGUGAGAAGGUUGAGCCUUUCUUGAAACUGCGCGCCGAGUACGCGGUCGCUAUCUUGAGCAAGACCUACGGAGACGCAGAGUCCUUCGGCGACGCGCACAGCAGGCAGGCGAUGUCCUGGAUCAGCGGCAGCCCUGGUGCCUUGAAUGACUUGGCCACUCUGGACUGCCAGGUGACUGGUGCGAAGUGGGUUGACAUUUGGGCUCAUCUGCUCAAGACGGCGAAGGACGCGUCCCGGGAGAUCUCUUUGGCGGUGUUCACUGACAAGAGCGCUGAGAAAGCGGAGGCCGCCUGGGCGUCCGCGGUGAAGACGAUCACGGACGAGCUCGCUGCGGCCUCUGUGGCAGCCGAG